UUGCCAGUUUUUGUAAUCGUACCUAGUGGCUAUUAUUUUUUAUUUUUCUGAAAAGGAAAAAAUGGAAAAAAAAAAAUUAAAGAAAUGAGAGAGAGGAAAGAAUCUUGUGGGUCCCGAAGGUACUGUCCGACUGCGAUCCAUCUCUCCAAUUAGAUUUUAGAAGAUGAAGAUGUAAUGUCCAAUUGGCCACUUCCUCCUCAUUUAAUAGAACCUCUGCUCUCCACCCUGAAAUCAAUCUUUAACCUUUGAUUUCAUUCAAUUUUAAUCUCUCUUUUUUCUUUAAAAACUCUCCUCCUCUAUAAACAAUCAGAAAAAACAGAAGGAAGCAAUCAGAAAAGGAAAAAUCUAAAGAUGCAGAUCUUUGUUAAGACCCUUACUGGUAAGACCAUUACCCUCGAGGUCGAGAGCAGUGACACCAUCGACAACGUCAAAGCCAAGAUUCAGGACAAAGAGGGGAUCCCUCCUGAUCAACAAAGAUUAAUAUUCGCUGGUAAACAAUUGGAAGAUGGUAGAACACUGGCUGAUUACAAUAUCCAAAAGGAGUCAACUCUUCAUCUUGUUUUGAGGCUUAGAGGAGGAACGAUGAUAAAAGUGAAAACUCUGACAGGAAAAGAAAUUGAAAUUGAUAUUGAACCUACUGAUACUAUUGACCGAAUCAAGGAACGUGUUGAGGAGAAGGAAGGAAUUCCUCCAGUGCAGCAAAGGCUCAUCUAUGCUGGUAAGCAGCUUGGAGAUGACAAGACAGCUCGUGACUACAAUAUAGAGGGUGGCUCUGUGCUUCAUCUUGUGCUUGCAUUGAGGGGUGGCCGCAUUUAGAUAGUGCUUACAAUAUCAAUAAAGUUUACUUAGUGAUGUUCUGUAACAAAGUAGUCCUAAACGGGAAGUUGGUAGUGGUAUAAUGUUGGAUAAACACAAGGAUAUGAGAGGAACGUUUUCUGCUGGAAUUUAUCUAACUUCUGUUUCUUUCUUUCUUCCCCUUUUCUCAA